AUCGCAAACAUUGUACACAACACUUUUAACACUGUUUUUACUUUGUCUGUGCCAAGUGGAAAGGCUACAAGCAGUAAGGACGCUACAGGCGCUAUAUGGCAAAACGGGGAGCUCUUUACACAUUUAUUAAAUACGACAGGUGCAACGCAAACCAGAGGGCUUUGGUUGAAGAGUCCAUUCGUUCUAGAAUCAACAUGUAUAAGCCACACCACCAGCCAGCCUAAAACUAUUUGGAGCAUCAUCUGAAGAAGAAGAAGAAGAAUGUAUGAUGCUCUCCAGUCCUAUGAUCUAGGUCUAGAAACUCAAUAACAGCAAGGCACUAUGGUUAGGUGACCUCAGAUCACACUCACUUCAUUCCAUCUCUGGCUGUCACCUGACUGGUGGUUGCCAUGGCUUUACAAAAUGGAUACUCCAUCAACUCCACCCCACUGGACGAGAGUGGAGACACAUCACCCCUACUUAAAAAAGAAGUGGUGGAUGUUGAUGAUUCAGUACCUCCACAAUGUUGCUCUGCACGCUGCAAUCUGGCCAUCAUGAUGUUCUUCGGAUUCUCCGUUGUCUACGGUCUCCGUGUCAAUCUAAGUGUUGCCAUGGUCGCCAUGGUCAAUGGAACCAAUAGCCAACCAUCUCUCAACAGCUCAGUUGGCCAUGAGUGCCCAGUGUCCUCCCAUGGGAACAACAACAGCAGCCAAACCCCAGACCAACCAGACGGGAUACCUCAGUACUCGUGGGAUUCUCCAACUCAGGGCCUGCUGCUGGGGGCGUUCUUCUUUGGCUACCUGGUGACUCAGAUCCCUGGGGGUUACCUGGCCGGGCACUUUGGGGGGAGUAUCUUCUUGGGGGGAGGGGUGCUUGGCACUGCAGCCCUCACCCUCCUCACCCCCCUGGCAGCUCAGCUAGGACCCUACUGGCUGUUUGGCUUACGGGCACUGGAAGGAUUUGGGGAGGGGGUGACAUUCCCGGCCAUGAUGGCCAUGUGGGCUCGCUGGGCUCCCCCUCUAGAGAGGUCUCGUCUUAUGACCCUGUCGGGGUCAGGGGCAAACUUUGGGGCUUUUGUAGCCCUGCCCCUCACCGGCUUCAUCUGUCACAGUCUGGGCUGGCCCGCUGUCUUCUACAUAUGUGGGGGUGCUGGUUGCAUUUGGACAGUGUUCUGGUUCAUUCUGGUGUCUGACCAGCCUGGCACUCAUCCACGAAUCAGCACAAGAGAAAAACAUUACAUCAUCAACUCCAUAGGAAAAGAUGGUGGUGCCCAUGGCUGGUCAGUGCCUUUGUUACCCAUGGUGCUCUCUGUUCCCCUGUGGGCCAUCAUAGUGUCUCAGAUGUGUGCCAACUGGGGUUACUACACUCUGCUCACCUCACUACCCACCUACAUGGACACGGUGCUUCACUUUGACCUCCGACAGAAUGCCUUUCUCUCAGCUCUGCCCUAUCUGGGUGGCUGGGCCUUCUCAGUGAUAUCAGGUGUAGUAGCAGACAGCCUCCUGGAGAAGGAGCUGUUGAGUGUCACAGCAGUCCGCAAGAUCUUCACUAUCACAGGUCUGCUGCUGCCUGCAGCAUUCCUGGUUGCUGUGGGCUACUCCGGCUGCAGUGGGGUGUUGGCUGUGACCUUUCUCACCCUCUCUACAACUGUAGGAGGCACCAGUGCAGCCGGGGUCUUCAUCAACCAGAUAGACAUUGCUCCACGGUAUGCGGGGGUGCUUUUAGGAAUCACCAACACUUUCGGGACUAUCCCAGGUGUUGUCGCGCCGAUCGUCACAGGUUACCUCACCAAAGAUCACUCCUUGGCGGGAUGGAGGAAUGUGUUCUGUCUAUCGGCCGGGAUCAGCGCCGGAGGAGCGAUUGUCUUCACCUUGUUUGGCAGCGGGAAGGUCCAGAAAUGGGCCCUGGCAGAGGAGGAUCAGGAGCAGGCAGAAACAGAGAGAGACGGGUUAAUCCCUACAUGACAGACAGACAUGACCUAAAGGGAAUAGGACCUGUAAGAAAUAAGCUGACCUCAGGUUAACUUAACUCCCCAUCAGGUGGUUUUAAAAAGGAUGGACCAGUGCAUUUUAAUAGUCUCUUAGUACACUGUGUUGGGAAUGGGACCCUAUAUAUAAUACAAUAUUCAUGAUAGAAAUAGGGACUUUUUAAAAAGGCCUCUUUAUAUUCCAAAUGCCUUUCUUUAGUAUUGUUUACAACAAUCUGUUUCUGACCACGUUUGGUAUUUAUACUGAACAAAAAAAUAUAAAUGCAACAAGUAAAGUGUU